AUGGAUCUUGUGCUGGAGGAAGCCUUGCGGGCCCUGGCUCGCGCGGUGGACCAGUUCCGGAGCCUGGGCGAGAGGCAGAUGCGGAGGUGCCUGCUGGGCGCCGGCGCCGGGGACCACGUCAGCGGCAAGCUGCGGGAGGUGGCGACCCAGCUGGACCAGGUCCGCGGCCUCCUGUGGGCCGACGACGACAGGAGCUCUCCGGCGAGGAUGGGUCGGCUCAAGGAGGCCCUCUACGGCAUCGAGGACUUGGUGGACGACAUGGAGUACCACAGCCUCCUCACUUUCCAGGUUGAAUCCAGUAUUUCCUCAAAGUCAAAUCGCAAUCCACUCUCUUCUGCUCUCAGGCUGGGCAAGCGAUUCGUUAGCGGCGGCGGCGGCGGCGGCGAUGAGGCGUCGCGCCGCCGGUUCCUCAAGGAUCUCGAUUCCGUCGCAAGCACUCUGAGCUCUCUGCUCAAGCAAGCACAAGGGUCUGGUCUGCCGCCCGCAGCUCCGGUGCCGAAUUUUGACGCUUCCACGCUGCUCCAGGGUGGCCAGAAGGUGUUUGGCCGCAACAAGGAGCUGAACGACAUCGUGCAGAUGCUGACUGAGCCGCCCUCGCCCCACUGCACCGCCUGCAAGGUUGUCUCCAUCUCCAUUGUUGGCUUCGGUGGUUUGGGCAAGACCACGCUCGCCCAGUCAGUCUACGACGACCUCAGAGUCAAGUCCCACUUUGAUCUCAGGGCAUGGGCACAUGUCUCCGGCAAGCCUGACAAGGUGGAACUCGCAAAGCAAAUCUUGCGUUCAGCCAACCCGAGAUACGGUGGAUCCAUCGACAAAGAUGCCACGUUUCCAACUCUUCAGUUGAAGCUCAAUCGGUUCAUGUCGUCCGAGAGAUUUCUGAUUGUUCUUGAUGAUAUCUGGGGUGACGACCCCUUUACCAACGACGCCUACAACGAAAUCCUCAGUCCCCUAACAUCCAUGGAGAGCGGCAGUAGGAUUAUUGCUGUCACUCGGACACCAAAGGUGGCUGACAUGCUAGAUGCAUCUCACACCUACUACCUGAAUGCAUUGGGCACUGAUGAUUGUUGGUCCCUGAUCAAGGAAUCUGCCUUUAGGGGCUGCAGCACACAUGAGGAGUGCACUGAAGAACUGGAACAGAUCGGGAGGAAGAUUGCUACCAAGCUCAACGGAUUGCCUUUAGCUGCCAAGCUGAUGGGAGGACUGCUUGGAGCUACAAAGAGCACAAAGUACUGGCGUAUUAUCUCGGAAAAAGAAUUUUCCGGAGAUAUCACUCUCUCCUUGCUGCGGUUGAGCUACAGUUACCUGCCAGGACGACUCAAGCAGUGCUUUGCGUUCUGCAGCAUAUUUCCCAAGAACUGGAAGUUCGACCAAACAACCUUGGUACGCCUUUGGAUGGCCAACGGCUUCAUUCAACCGCAAAGUGGCACUGGCAAAAGGAUGGAGGAUCUGGGCACAGAUUAUUUCAAUCUUCUGCUGUCUCGGUCCUUCUUCCAUGCUCUCAGGCAGGGCCGUCGCACACACUAUAAGAUGCAUGACUUGAUCCAUGAUAUGGCAGUGUCAGCUUCAACCGAAGAUUGCUGUCAAAUUGAGCCUGGCAUGACCCGUCGUAUCCCCUCAACUGUGCGCCAUGUAUCGGUCACCACGGGCAGCUUACAAGACGUCAAUGCUGCCAUCAACAUACUCCCAAAAAACCUACGCACCGUCAUAGUUUUUGGAAAUUGGCCACAUUUUCUUGAAGAUGACUCCCUGGGUAAGCUAAAGAAUCUGCGAGCACUUGAUGUUUGUCACUGUGACUUUACUGAGUUGCCACCAGCUAUUUCCUGUUUAUUCCAUCUCCGUUACUUGUCGCUGUCUCGCACCAUUCGGAGUCUUCCAGAGUCCAUAAGCAAGCUGCUCCAUCUGCAAACCUUGUGCUUUGAAGAUAAGUGUUCCCUUGAUAAGCUUCCUGCAGGAAUAAGUAGGCUUGUAAAGUUGCGGCACCUUGGAAUCGACAUGAAGUACAUUGCACAGCUACCGGGUAUUGGACGGCUUAUUAACCUGCAGGGAUCAGUUGAGUUCCGUGUUAAAAAGGGGGGAGGGCAUGCCUUGCAAGAGCUGAAGGGCAUAAAAGGUCUCCAUGGCCAGCUAAAAAUCAAAGGCCUCGACAAUGUCUUGAGCAAGGAUGAAGCCAGCAAGACCGACAUGAAAAGUAACGAGAAUCUUAGGGCGCUCACACUGGAAUGGAGUUCAGCUUGUAGAAUUCUCACCCCUGUGGCUGAUUGUGAAGUACUAGAAAACCUCCAGCCACAUCAAAACUUGAAGGAACUUAGCAUUAUAAGGUAUCUUGGUGUGACAUCUCCCAGUUGGUUACAGUUGGCGUUGCUGAGGGAGCUGCAAUCCUUGCACCUUGUUAACUGCAGGAGCUUGGGAGCUCUGCCUGCACUGGGCCUUCUGCCAUCCCUCGAACAAUUACAUAUGAAGGAGCUGUGCACGGUCGAGCGAAUUGGGCAUGAGUUUUAUGGUACUGAUGACAUGGCAUUUCCUUCCCUAAAGGUUCUUGUGCUUGACGAUUUUCCCAGCUUGGUCGAGUGGUCUGAAGUGAGGGAAAACCCGCUUCCUUGUCUCCAGAGGCUAAAGAUUGUAGACUGCCCCAAGUUGAUUCAAGUUCCUGCAUUUCCGCCAUCCGUCUCUGAGCUUACAGUGGAGCGUACAUUAUUGAUAUCUAAUAUGAAGCUUGCUCCUUAUUCUUCAUCACGAUCAGAGAUACUCACCCUGGACAUUUCUACGACUAGUGUACUUUCCAGGGGACUGUUCCAUCAAAGCCAUCUAGCAUCUAUCAUAGUUUUAAACAUAAACGCUGGCUGCAAGCAUCUUGUUGCUGCAGAGGGACUCCACACCUUUACUUCUCUCCAAAAGCUUCAGCUGUGCCACUCUGACAUAUCAGAUCAGAAUUUGGAAAGUCUUCUUCAAGUGCUGUCCUCUUUGUACUCGUUUGAGAUGAUAGAUCUGCCCAACAUGACAUCUCUUCUGGUACCAGCAAAUAAUAGUUUGUGUACAACAGUCACAGAGUUGCAAAUAUCCAACUGUCCACUGCUCUCUUCUGUAGUCUCCUUGGGUACUUUUGUUUCACUGAAACGUUUGGUGAUUGAGAAAUGCCCCAAACUGACAGCAGCAUCUUUCCCAGUAAACUUUUGGAGACUCACAGCCCUCAAGGUUCUGAGCAUAUCAUACUGCACAGAGUUCCAGUCUUUACCUACUUGUGGUCUGCCAACCUCAAUAGAAGCACUUCAUCUUGUUGGGUGUCACCCAAAGCUGCAUGGAAAUUCAAGCAACAAGACUGUCAAUUCCCAAGAGGAAGUUUCUACUCUACACAAAACAUUGGCUCACUGA